GUCGGUUGGGUAAUAUCAAAUGACACCCUCUAGUGGUUCGUAUAAGUAUAGUUAUGGAGAAUGUCAAUCUCUGGAUUAGUUAUUUUUUCUCUUUUUUGCGUGUAAAAGGCAGCGAUUAGCAUAUUUCAGCAUCGAAUUAUAAUAAAAUACAUAUGCAUUUUUUUUUUAUCGAUGUAGAACAAUUUUCACCCAGAACUUACUAGUAAAUAUCACAAAUAAUUUCAGAAAAUAUAUAGUACUUUAUUGUAAAAAAGUAUUCCAAUGUUUGUUUUAAUUGCAGAUUCGAUUUUUUUUUUUUACAUACCUGAAAAUAAUCAUGGCAUUAAAGAAUAGAUACUAAUAACAGCUUGAUUCUUUUAAGCGUUGUGUGUUAAUGACUUUUUCAUUGACACAUUAUUAUUGCACUGUUAUUAGAAACCCAUCUUUUCAGAAAAUAAUGACUUUUGGUCUGCUCAUUACAGAAGACUUACUUUUAUUCAUUUCGAACCCUCGCUUUCACGCUAAAUAGGCUAAACGGUGACUGAAUUUUCAGCGUGAGCUUCGAACGGAUGGAUUAAAAAACCCACCUCAACGCAGCAUCUCCCAGAACAGAGGGGCCAAGAAAAGAUGCCUGCCUGUACAAAAGUUAAAGAAAUCUCUUAUCUCCACAGCCCCCCGAAAGGAAACGAAUCUAUCUGGCUUUGCAGAAAACAGAAAAAAAAGAAAAGCCGGUGUUUGUACCUCAGACAUCCUUUAAAGCCAUCGCCACAGUGUUAAUGAAAGCUGAUGAAACGACCUCAAACCUACUGGGCAUCUCCGACAUUGCUAAACGCUUGCCAAACUGUUGUACCAAUUCAAUCCGCUGCCAAAGACACGUGUGUUUUUUUCCGAAUCGCAUUGUUCUCUUUGAGUUCCCGCGGGACACAUACGCAAUUAGUGUGUAAAAGUUAUGUUCCGCCUCACAGAGCGACCUCUCUGACUCUUUUGUGCGAUAGGAAUCACCCCUGGCCCAUAUUACUACACACAGACCCGCCGUGAAAUACGACACAGCACAUCUGCUUCUCUCAUUUCCCCACACAGACCUUUAAAUUCCAGCUUCUAGAUUGAAAAGCUUCAGAAACGCUCCGGGAUCAACAUCAAGCAUGCCUGCAAACUACAGUGGAACCUGGGACAUAGUGGACAAUCAAAACUUCGAAGGUUACAUGGUGGCUCUCGGAAUUGAUUUCGCCACCCGAAAGGUGGCGAGGAUGCUAAAGCCACAGAAAGUUUUUGAGCAAGAUGGAGACUCUUUCAUCGUUAAGACAUUUACGACUUUCCGAAACUACUCCUGCUCAUUCAAAAUCGGUGAGGAAUUUGAUGAAAUCACCAAAGGACUGGACAACAGAAAAUGCCAGACAACAAUCAGCUGGGACGACGACAAACUUGUGUGUGUGCAGAAAGGAGAAAAGAAGAACAGAGGAUGGACACACUGGAUGGAGGGAGACACUCUUUACCUCGAACUUCGAUGUGAAGACCAGAUCUGCAAGCAAACCUACAAAAGAACAGCUUGAACCAUUGUGUAUAACUGAAAAUCAUGCAGUGUGUUUAUUGAAGAGUAAUAACAUACGAUUUCAGCAUUAAACAGUCCUCAGUGAACAUAGCGUUGCAAAAAGUGGGGAAAGCAAAAAAAAGGAGAAAUAUUUCUUGUGAAGAGUCAAAAAUCUGUCCUUUUUCUUAUUUGUAGCAGCACCUUCGUUUCGCUUAAAUAAAAAUGUAAUUGAAAACUACCACAGAAAAUGGCAUAUAUUUGAUACCUUUAUUACAAGUGAUACAGCACAUAGCCUGAUUAUCGCUUUGAGGCUGAUCAAAAGGAUGAUGCUGUUGUGUAAUGCAUAAAUGUUAAAAUAUGCUAAAAUAAAAUAUAUCGGUAUGGGA